UACGUUGUGUUAUAUGUAUUGAAUUUGUAGAAAAGCAUACGAUUUUUAUAACAAAAUAGUAUUAAAAAUAUAGAACUAAGAAAAUAAUUCACCCAUAACUUUGUGUUAAUGAAAAGAAAUUUAUGAAUUGAUAACAAAAUAAAGUGAAAUAAUUGGGGAAUCCCUAUAAAACAAUUUGCAUUGCAAUCUAAUAAGAAAUCUAAUAAUAAAGUUAUAAAACAGGAAGUAAAUUGUGAAAGUACCUCAUACACAUAGCAACAACAAUAAAAGAAAAUCAAAAAUGUUAAAUGAUCUCAUUCUUAAAAAUCUACAGACAGCUACAAAACAGUCAUAAAUAAAAUUAUUCACAAUUCAUCUACUAAUCAAGAUAAUCAUCAUUAAAACAUUCAAAAGCAAAUAAGAACAAAAUUGCGUCUUCAAAUCAAGAAACUAACCCGAAACGCUGUAAAAUGUCAUGGAUGAGUUUUGGAAUACUUGCAUCUGGCUAUGCCUUGCAACGUUUGUUGGGCGCUGAUACUCCGCCAAAUAAGGUGUUGGAAAUAAAAAGUGAAUCUCUGGGCAUGCUACAGGUGCUAGCACGAGAUGAGGCCAUGGUUAUGUAUGCACCACCCUUUAAUUCGAAUGAGAAAAAGUGUUAUGAAAUAGUUUUACAACGUCCGCAUACGGAUUCGAAUACAUCAUCGUUUAGUUUAUAUCGUUCACCAUCACAACAAGAGACUGAAGAAAAAUUCAAUGCCUUCUUGCAUCGCUUGCCCCUAUUCGUAAGCAUAGUCAAAGAGUUCUAUAAUGUUAAUGGCUUGCAAAAGCUUAGCGACGUUUUAACGGAAAAUCCUUCCUGGUCUAUAACACAUUUAGUUGCCUACUACAAUCUUGUCGACUAUAUUAGCAAUCCAAAAGUGUUACAAUUUAUUGACUAUGCAGAUCACGUUAACUAUAUGUCACCGUUUCAGCUUGCCAUUAAGUGUGGAAAUGUCGAAAUGGUCAAAGCUUUGUUACCCCUUUGUAAAAUGGAACAUUUAGACAAUAACAGCAAUUCAGUGUUUCAUUAUGCUGCCAGUACUAAUAAAGAAAUCUUAAAUCUUCUUAUUGAUAAGAGUACAGUUAAUUUAAAUCAUUGUAAUUCAGAUGGUUAUACUCCCCUACAUUUAGCUUGUCUCUCCGAUAAACCGGAGUGCGUAAAGACACUGCUUAUAGCUGGGGCGGAUGUUAAUAUUGAGGCUAAAAAUAUAAGUAAACUCUACAAGACAUCGACACCAACCUCAGUAGCUGAAUUUCUUAAGCAGAAUAAUGCCAAUAAAUUGUACACGCAAGACAUGAAAUUUGGCGGUACUCCAUUGCAUUGGUGUUCAUCGCGUGAAACUCUCAAUGCUCUCAUAGUGCAGGGUUGUAAUGUGAAUGCAACAAAUUUUGAUGGCCGCACAGCGUUACACGUUAUGGUUGCUCGUAAUCGUUUCGAAUGUGUUGUCACUCUAUUGGCACAUGACGCCGAUAUUGAUGUGGUCGAUAAGGAUGGCAAUACACCGUUACAUAUUGCAAUUGAACAGAAAUUGGUACCGAUCGUACAGUGUUUGGUAGUAUUUGGCUGCGAUAUAAAUAUGAAAAAUAAAAAUGGUCAAACACCACGUCAUAUGGUAGGUAAUGAUGCUAACGGCAGCAAGGAAGAUGAAAUUCUUUAUAUUUUGCAUUCUGUGGGAGCUAAACGUUGUUCUGCUGAUAAAUCGAAAUGCCCUCCUGGCUGCAACGCUAAGGGUACAUAUAACGGCAUACCGCCAGAGGCUCCUGAGGCCCCAGAAACUCGAGAACAUAUAGAAAAUAUGUUGGCUUCCACUAGUCGUCAAACAGCUAUGGGAUUUUUAAACUCAGCUGCUAAUAGCAUGUUAAAUGAAAUGAAGGAAAAAGAACCGCCGGUUGUUGUUAACACUGAAAAGGUGGAGAAAGGCCAAAGUAUAAUGGAUGCUUUAUUGGGUAUGUUUACGACCAAAGCUAAUGCUGAAUCUAAAAAAGAGUCUCCCACUAAUAGCGUGGCUAGUUUAAAUUCACUUGGCGCAGAAGAUGCAGUAUCAGCCAAAGCUACAUCAGAUCCCGCAAUGACUCCCUCACAUUCGAAUCCUUCUUUGAAUUCGACAACAUCACAAAAAGGUGAUAAACCGUACUGUCGAGGACGUGUGCUUUGUUUAGAUGGCGGCGGCAUACGCGGUUUACUUUUAGUGCAAAUGCUUUUAGAAAUCGAAAAACUCUCCCAAACACCCAUUGUUCAUAUGUUUGAUUGGAUAGCCGGUACCAGUACAGGUGGUAUACUGGCAUUGGGCCUGGGCUGUGGUAAGACAAUGCGACAAUGCAUGGGUUUGUACUUACGCAUGAAAGAGCAAUGUUUCGUUGGUUCACGUCCAUAUCCCAGUGAAACCUUUGAGGCUAUACUCAAAGAUAAUUUGGGAGAAUUUACCGUUAUGACCGACAUUAAACAUCCGAAAGUGAUGGUGACUGGUGUCAUGGCUGAUCGCAAACCAGUUGAUUUACAUCUAUUUCGUAAUUAUACAAGUGCUAGUGAUAUUUUGGGUAUUAUUACACCGAUAACCAAUCGACGUGUUCCUCCUCCAGAUCCUAAAGACCAGCUAGUUUGGCGUGCAGCACGCGCCACUGGUGCGGCUCCCUCCUAUUUUAGAGCGUUUGGUAGAUUUUUAGAUGGUGGCUUAAUUGCCAACAAUCCAACUUUAGACGCCAUGACAGAAAUUCAUGAAUACAAUAUGGCUUUGCGUAGCGUAGGACGUGAUGGUGAAGCUGUGCCGAUCUCCGUGGUGGUUUCAUUGGGUACUGGUCAAAUUCCUGUUACCGAACUAAAAGAUAUUGAUGUUUUUCGCCCUGAAAGUAUCUGGGAUACAGCUAAAUUGGCUUAUGGCAUCUCAACAAUUGGUAAUUUGCUUGUUGAUCAAGCAACAGCUUCAGAUGGCAGAGUUGUUGAUCGGGCUCGUGCUUGGUGUAGUACAAUUGGCAUUCCUUACUAUAGAUUUAAUCCUCAACUAUCCGAAGAUAUUGCAAUGGAUGAGAAGAGCGAUCAAAAAUUAAUAAAUAUGUUGUGGUGUACCAAAGCUUAUAUGUAUGCGAAUCGUAACAGAGUUAUAGAAAUGGUUAAUUUCUUAAAAUAACAUAUAAGACGAAUUUAGACCGCCAAAAAAAAAAAAUAAUAAGAAAAACAAAAAUAAGAAAAAAAUAAACUAUAUAUUACAAAAUUAUAAACUUGAUAAUUUAUUGGCCUCUUUACAAUUAAAUUGGCUCUAAACACUUAUAUACAUACAUACAUAUAUGGACAUUUCUUUAAAUAUUGUUAAUAAAACAAACACUUAACAAGAUUUUUUAUAUAAUAUAAAUUAAUUUGAAACUAAAUUCUCCGGGCGGUCUAAAUUAUUUUAUAUUUUUUAUUAAUUUAUUUUAGUAAUUUAAUUAACGACAAUAUUAGUUUCCAUCCAAUUACAUAUUAUUAAAUCUUAUUAUUAUCUUUUUUUAUACAUACAUUCGAGUUUGAAUUUUAAACAAAAAUCCAAAGAUUAUAAUUACCUAGAUUGGUUAUAAAUUUAAUUAUUAUUUUAUAUAACCCGAUUCAAUAAAAAUAAAAAAAUUCAAAAUGAAUUAAGCCCCUAAACACAA